AUGGACGACUCCAGUCACAAUGCUCCCAAUGUCGAGCAGGUCGCGCAGCAGCUCCCAAAUUCCAGCCCGCCCUCGCCGACCAUUGAACAGCCAAAGCCGGCAGAGAACCAGCACCUCAGAGCUCCGGUACGGCCAUCCGUCCAGUCGCGCAACUCGAGCAACUCCAGCAUGAAUGGUCCUCUGUACAUGCAAAACUCGAACAACAAGGUUUUCAUUCGCAGAGUGAGGAGGAAAGGUGACGGCCCUCUAAAGAGCUUGUCUCGUUGGUUCCUGGAAAAUCAGUUCGGUUUUUCGUUCAACCUAAUCGCCCUUCUCUUCCUUACGCACAUGUUGAUGCCCAAGGCGCGACCUUACACUACACGAUUCUUCACCCUGUCACACUACGACGCGGAGUCUGGCUUGUACACCACCGGGCCAGGUGAUAACUACUUUAUUGCUUUCUGUAUUGUCCUCUUUACCGGCCUGCGGGCUGGCUGUAUGGAAAAUGUCCUUGCGCCACUGGCCAAGCUCUGGGGUAUCUCGAAGAAGAAGGAUAUGACACGAUUUGCGGAGCAGGCCUGGCUCUUGACGUACUAUCUCAUUUUCUGGCCCCUCGGAUUCUAUCUCUACUACAAGUCGCCAUACUACUUGAACCUAAAGGAGCUAUGGAUGAACUGGCCCAUCAGGGAGGUUGAUGGUGUCAUGAAGGCCUACAUGCUUGCUCAAUGGGCUUUCUGGCUGCAACAGGUGCUGGUUAUUCACAUUGAGGAGCGCCGCAAGGAUCAUUGGCAGAUGUUGACGCACCACUUCCUUACCAUUGGCCUCAUUGCCGCGUCGUAUGCCUACCAUCAAACAAGAGUCGGCCACCUGAUUCUGGUUCUUAUGGAUAUUGUAGACCUCUUCUUCCCUCUUGCAAAAUGCCUCAAGUAUCUGGGCUUCACCACAGCAUGCGACAUGACAUUUGGCCUAUUCGUGGUAUCCUGGUUCCUCGCCCGCCACGUCGCCUACCUGGCUGUAUGCUGGAGUAUCUACGCUGAUAUUCCGCGUUAUAUCAACCUCGGUUGCUAUCGCGGCCUCGGCAAGGAUCUCGUUGGUCCGUUCUCGGCGCCUGAAGGCUUCUCGCAUCUUCUUGAACCAUUUCGCGACCCCGCUGGCACAGUCUGCUUCGAUGAGGGAAUUGCUGGCGGAUUCCUUUCCGUUCUCCUGGUUCUGCAGGUGAUCACUCUGUCGUGGUUCUACUUGAUCGUGCGACUCGUUAUACGUGUUCUUCAAGGUGGUAAUGCCGAUGACCCCAGAAGCGAUGAUGAAGCAGGAGAGGAGGAAGAGGAAGAAUACGAAUACGAGGAGGCACAACCCCUUGAAGAGGAAGUGGGCGUCGAGGCAAUUGAUCUGAAGGGCUGGGAGCGACGCGCUGGUGUGAAGCGUGUUGCAACCUCGUCUGGCGUCAAUCUACCAGGACACAGUGAUAGGAAAGAGUUGCUGGGAAGAAUUGGCUGCGAGAAGCAAGUCGAGUAG